GUAAGAUGAGCAUAAAUAGGAGAUUAGGUGAUCUUUUCUAUUUAGGAGUGUUUUGUUUUGCUUUCUCUUUGUAUGUUAGCCUUUGCUCCCUUGAUCUCAGUGGCAAAUACCUCUGCAUCCACCUAUCAAACAAAGAAACGCCAUUUUAUUAGGCUCUCACGAUUGGAAUUAAACCAACUUGUACAGUAAGUAUCUUGUAGUAACUAUCUUGGCUUCAUGUUUUUCUUGAAUAGUCCAAAAUUCUCUUACACAAGUUGAAAAAGCAAUGUUAAAGUAGAGUCGUAGAGAGAAAUUAAGAAGAUGCAGAUCAGUGUUCUAGAUCAAGAAAUUCAGCAUGAGAUAUGUGAAACUGGUUUGGAUGGUGACAAAGCUGGAGAUGGUGAGUUUGAUGAUGAUGGAAAACCAAGAAGAACAGGGACAGUAUGGACCGCAAGUGCACAUAUAAUAACAGCGGUCAUAGGUUCGGGUGUUCUCUCCCUGAGCUGGGCUAUGGCGCAGCUAGGAUGGAUCGCUGGGGUUGGCACUCUCUUACUAUUCUCAUGCAUCGCAUAUUACACCUCCAGUCUCUUAGCAGAUUGUUACAGGUCUUCAAACUCAAACUAUGGAAAGAGAAAUUACUCCUACAUGGAGGCUGUCAAAACCAACCUCGGUGGAAUCAAGUACAAUGCCUGUGGCUUUCUCCAAUACACCUUCCUCAGUGGCAUGUUAGUUGGUUAUACCAUUACAGCAUCAAUUAGCAUGGUAGCAAUACGCAAAUCAAAUUGUUUUCGCAAGAAUGGUCAUGAGGAUCCAUGCGAGUUCUCCAAUAAUCCAUACAUGAUUGCUCUAGGAAUUGUUGAAAUUUUCGUGUCUCAAAUUCCAAACUUCCACAAGUUGUCAUGGCUUUCCAUCAUUGCAGCAAUUAUGUCCUUUGGGUAUGCGUUUACCGGAAUGGGACUCGCUUUUGCAAAGAUUAUUUCAGGAAACGGAGCAAGAACCACUCUACCUGGAGUAGGAGUUCGGAUAGACUCAACCGUAGCAGACAGGGUUUUGAGAAUGUUUACAGCAGCUGGUAAUAUGGCAUUUGCUUGUGCAUAUUCUAGCAUUUUGAUUGAAAUCCAAGAUACUUUGAAGUCAUCACCGCCUGAAAAUAAGGAAAUGAAGAAAGCUAACAUGAUAGGGAUGUUUACAUCAACCACUUUAUACUUGUUAUGUUGUUGCCUUGGCUAUGCUGCGUUUGGGAACCAUGCACCAGGUAACAUGUUGACAGGGUUUGUAUUUUACGAGCCGUUUUGGGUGGUUGAUUUAGCCAAUGUCUUCAUUGUGGUACACCUUGUGGGAGCAUAUCAGGUAGUAGCUCAACCAGUAUUUAAGGUGGUUGAAUCAUGGAUUAGCUCGCGUUGGCCUGAAUCAUCUUUUGUAACAGAAGAGUACCCAAUCAGCAUUUCGAGCAAAAGGUUGGGUGUCAACUUAUUAAGGCUAACUUGGAGAACAUUAUUUGUGGUGGUGGCAACACUCGUUGCCAUGGCAUUGCCUUUCUUUAAUGACAUAAUUGCACUCCUUGGAGCCAUCGGUUACUGGCCAAUGACAGUCUAUUUCCCUGUAGAAAUGCACAUUGCCCAAAAGAAGAUCAAACAAGGAACAAUUAGGUGGCUCGGCCUCCAGCUUUUGAACUUGGUAUGCUUGCUUGUCUCACUGGCUGCUGCAGCUGGCGCCAUUCAAGGGUUGAGUCAUGCCUUCCAAACAGCUAAGCCCUUCAAGUUUAAAUAUUAGCCCAAAACUUGAAAAAGAUGUGAUUACGGUCACAUAGUUGUCAAGUCCUUCUCUUUUUUGUUAAUACCUAGAUGUUCAAGCCAGUAUACUGUUCCAUCGUCAUUGCAACUGUAAACUAAACCUAGUAAUUUUUGUAUUCACAUCUUAUGUUAAACUCAAAAUGAAUAAUCGAAACAUAAACACGAAAUGAAUUAUUAAAUGUGUUAAAAUCUUAAAUAUAACAUGUUUAUUAUAUAUUUUAUGUGAUACACCAAGAUUAAUACAUUUAUAAUUAAUCUGUUUAACACAACACAAUACGAUUAUACAUAAUUAAUGU